AUGAUAUUUGUUGAGGAAGGAGCUACCUUUUAUCACUGUUUUUUACUUGAUGCUUUGUCGUUUAAUGUCUGCCUGCCUUUCUUUCUUUCUUUAUUUCUUUCUUUCUUUCUUUCUUUCUUUCUUUCUUCCUUCCUUUCUUUCUUUCUUUCUUUCUUUCUUUCUUUCUUUCUUUCUUUCUUUCUUUCUUUCUUUCUUUCGUUUCCAAACACUAUGUUGCCUUUAUUUAUUUAUUUAUUCUUUCUUUUUUCUCUUCAAAAUGUUUUUCUUUCUUUCUUUCUUUCUUUCUUUCUUUCUUUCUUUCUUUCUUUCUUUCUUUCUUUCUUUCUUUCUUUCGUUUCCAAACACUAUGUUGAAUUUAUUUAUUUAUUUAUUUAUUCUUUCUUUUUUCUCUUCAAAAUGUUUUUCUUUCUUUCUUUCUUUCUUUCUAUCUUUCUUUCUUUCUUUCUUUCUUUCUUUCUUUCUUUCUUUCUUUUGUUUCCAAACACUAUGUUACAUUUAUUUAUUCAUUCUUUCUUUCUUUCUUUCUUUCUUUCUUUCUUUCUUUCUUUCUUUCUUUCUUUCUUUCUUUCUUUUCCAAACGUUAUUUAUCCUUCAUCCAUUCAUUUACUCUUUCUUUCUUUCUUUCUUUCUUUCUUUCUUUCUUUCUUUCUUUCUUUCUUUCUUUCUUUCGUUUCCAAACACGAUGUUUCCUUUAUUUAUUUAUUCUUUUUUCUCUUCAAAAUAAUUCUUUCUUUCUUUCUUUUUUCUUUCUUUCUUUUUUUCAUUCUUUCUUUCUUUUUCUUUCUUUCUUUUUUUUUUUUCUUUCUUUCUUUCGUUUCCAAACACUAUAUUUGCCUUUAUUUAUUUAUUUAUUCUUUUUCUUUUUUUCUUCAAAAUAAUUUUUUUUUUUUCUUUCUUUCUUUCGUUUCCAAACACAAUGUUUCCUUUAUUUAUUUAUUCUUUUUUUCUCUUCAAAAUAAUUCUUUCUUUCUUUCUUUCUUUCUUUCUUUCUUUCUUUAUUUCUUUCUUUCUUUCUUUCUUUCUUUCUUUCGUUUACAAACACAAUCUUUCCUUUAUUUAUUUAUUCUUUUUUCUCUAAAAAAUAAUUCUUUCUUUCUUUCUUUCUUUCUUUCUUUCUUUCUUUCUUUCUUUCUUUCGUUUCCAAACACUAUGUUGACUUUAUUUAUUUAUUUAUUCUUUCUUUUUUCUCUUCAAAAUAAUUCUUUCUUUCUUUCUUUCUUUCUUUCUUUCUUUCUUUCUUUCUUUCUUUCUUUUCCAAACUCUAUUUAUCCUUCAUCCAUUCCUUUACUCUUUCUUUCUUUCUUUCUUUCUUUCUUUCUUUCUUUUCCAAACACAAUGUUUCCUUGA